AUGCAAACUCAAGCAGAUUCAAAAGUGAAGUAUAAGUUAGUAACGUUCGUCAAAUAUGAAGAGGGAGCUUGGUCUUUGGUGGUUUCUCUUCCUUCUGGUACAGGUGUGGCACUUGCUGUGGCGGCUGACGUGGUGGGCGGCGUGGUGCGUGCUGUGGGCGGGCAGCGUAUGCGCCUGCAAGAAGAAGACCAUCUGCCGGCCGCCUCCCGGCGGUCGGCCCGGCUGCGGCGGCAGAAGAUAGUACCUCAUCGGUCAUUGAUUCAAUCUAACCUUCAGUCAGGAGUCAAGACAAGUUUUGAAAUAUGU